AUGGCGUUGUCUGCAGAGCAAAGAUUCGAUCUCAUCAAGGAGAACCUCGGCGAAGUGCUCAAUCCGGAGCUGAUUGAGAGUAUCCUCAAGGAGGGGCGCAACCCUCGUGUGUACUGGGGUACUGCUACCACCGGCAAGCCUCACUCCGGAUACUUCGUCGCCGCGCUCAAGAUUGCCCAGCUACUCGCCGCAGGAUGUGAGGUCGUUAUCCUCCUUGCCGAUGUGCACGCAUUCCUGGAUUCUAUGAAGGCGCCCCUUGAGUUGGUCGAAAACCGCGUCAAAUACUAUCAAAAAAUCAUCACCGCGAUUCUCGAGGCUGUCGGCGUGUCAACGGAGAAGCUCGAGUUUGUGCUCGGUAGCUCUUACCAGCGCAACGCCGACUAUGUUAUGGAUGUCUACCGGCUGGCCGCUCUGACUUCCGAGCAUGAUUGUAGGAAGGCCGGUGCCGAGAUUGUCAAGCAGUCCACCAACGCUCCGUUGAGUGGUUUGCUGUACCCGAUUCUCCAGGUUCUCGAUGAGGAGUACCUGAAGGUCGACGCUGAGUUGGGCGGUCUCGACCAGCGUAAGCUCUUUGUGGCGGCAACUGAGUGGCUACCCAAGCUCGGUUACCGAAAGCGCGCUCAUCUCAUCACACCAAUGGUAGCCGGCUUGAGUGGAGGCAAAAUGAGCUCUAGUGUUGAAGAUAGCAAGAUUGAUCUCCUGGAUGCGCCCGAGGUCGUCGCUAAGAAGAUCCGCAAGUCCGAAGCGGCCCCUAAAAUUGUUGAAAACAAUGGUAUUAUUGCUUUGGUGGAAUUCGUCCUCCUUCCUGCUGCCGCUCUAGCGGGCAACAAGGAAUUCCGUGUCGAACGCCGCGACGCCGAGCCUUUGGUCUACACCGACAUCCAACAACUCAAGGAUGAUUACGCAAACGAUGUUUUGACCCCUCAAUUCCUCAAGCCUGCCGCGGCGGAAGCCCUCACCCGCCUCAUGGCACCCAUUCAUGAUGCCUACCAAGCCUCGGCCGAGUGGCAAGAGAUCACCCUCAAGGCCUACCCGCCCCCAGUUGUGCAGAAGAAGGUGAAGAAGGUUAAGGAUAGGGGUUCUCGAUUCCCCGGCGCUGCUAAGGAGCAGGAGCUCCCAGAGCGUCCAAAGGAGUAG